AUGGCUGAUGUGCCGGAGUUGAUGCAGAAUGUCUGUGGGACCAUCGGAGGGAACUAUAUGAUCACUGAGAUGGCCGACGAUCCCAUCAAACGGGAUUACGGAGUUUAUAAUGCCUACGAUCACGAGAGACCCGAGACUGUAGGUUACUGUACUUUGGCAUACUGUAGUUUGGCUUGAGGUAGUUUUAGGCGAUGUAAAAGGCGAUUAAUGUAACUUUAAGAUAUAUUAAUACUGUUCAGUUGAUUUUUUAUAUUUUAAAAUAAUUUUUUUGCAUUACUGUAGCUUCAGUUACAGUGACCAAGUAGAAGUUAAAAAUACUGUACUUUCAGCCGACUCAAGUCCUGAUUGCCAGUCUAGACACUCCAAAAUGGCGUUGGCAGGCCUCAAUGUCGGCCACUCAGACCGUUCUGGAGACCGUGAAGGGCCGUUCCGUCCAUUUCCCAACUCUGGUUAAGGCGGCUAGGGUUAAAAGAGUAAGUAAAAUCAUGUCGUUCAGAUAUUCCAAAGUUCAUAUUUUACCAUGCUGUGCUAAAAUUUUUGAUUUUUUCCAGUAAUUCUUUUCUUUGGAAGAAUUUUUUGUUUAGCUGAUCAUGUAUAAUAUAAUCUCAAUUUUAGCUUGUUUUUGGAGCCGAUGGAGUGCAGGACGUCGAGAAUGACCCCGAGUACCUGAGACCGGUCCUGGUCCUUCAAUCUCCCCGUUGUCACUCGCUUCUCUCGACUUUGGCUGCUUAUUCCCCGUCUGGGUAAGGAUAAUAUAAAAUGUUUAGCUAAAUAUUCAAAUGAAGCUCAUCCGAAUACAAGACGUAUUUUACCGAAUUUCAGAGUGCUCCCCGUGGAGUUGGCCAUGUUUGUUGGGAUCGGCAUCACUCGUGCCCUGGGGGCAUUGAAUCGAGCCGGGUUUAUCCACCGUCUGGUCUCUCCGCACAGCUUCUCCUUCGUCACCCCACCCACUCUGGACAAUCUGAGCACCCGAUUACUAAUCACCGACCUCAGCUUGGCCAUGCCUUGGCCGAAAAGGUAAUGUUAACACAAAGUGAAUUAACAUUAAUUUUUUGAUGAAUUUUGAAGUCUGAGAUAAUAAUAUGUGUUCCAGACCCCGCGGCGCUGUCCCUUUUGUGGGAACCAUGCGAUAUUCGGCACUGUCCGUCCAUCACAGCCGGGAACAAGGCCCCUCAACGGACAUCAUCUCCCUGAUCUACGUGGUCGCCGAAAUGAUCUCCGGCAAGCUGCCAUGGCGUUCGAUCAUGACUCAGCGACUUGUCAAAGAGGCCAAGACCCUCUUCCCUUCGUCCAAGGAGUUCCAACGCCUUCCGCAUGAGAUCAGAGCCCUCUACAAGGAAAUGAUGGAGACAUACCCCCAGGCGGAGGUCGAUUACAUCGCCAUUCAGGAGAAAUUCAAGGCCGUCUUGAAGAGGAAGGACCCCAACAGCACCUACGAACUCCCGCCUUGGCUGGUCCAACCUUGCGAGGACUAG